GUUCGCUGAGAGAAACAGCAGCAGCAUCAUUUCUGCUCAUGUUUCUGAGUUUGAGGGAAUAACUUCCACAAGCUCAACAUCUGUCUGAACAUCAGUGAUCAGCUGCUACAGCAAACCAUGCUGCUGUCUCCAACUCAGCAAACCCUGAGAAUAUGCAAUGCUUAAUGGUGACCAUUCUACGAGGAAAGGACGGCUUCGGCUUCACCAUCUGCUCUGACUCGCCUGUUCGUAUACAAGCAGUCGAUCCAGGCAAGAACUGCUCUGGUGGGCCAGCGCAUCAGGCUGGUUUGCAGCAGUUGGACACUGUUUUGCAGUUAAACGGUCAGCCUGUCAAACAUUGGAAGUGUGUAGAUCUUGCACAUGCUAUUAGAAAUAGUCUAAGUGAAAUCACAGUGGUGGUUUGGCGUACGGGACCCUCUGUGAAGUCCAACUUUGAGCGACUGAUCCAUCAUCCUACUUACAAGUCCUCUUACUAUGACACUCCGGUUUCCCCGGCUAAAAGCAAGAGGGGGGACCAGCCGCCCCCGCUGCCGCCUCUGCCCCCCCACCAGCGCAGGGGUUUGGUGAACGGGUCCGACGGGCGGGCCGGUGGAGGGAGAGGGUCGGGAAUCCUGUGGGGAGAACGCAGGAGUCCAGUGGACGGCAAGCGCGGCACUCAGACGCUCAGAGGGACGCGUGUGAAAGCAUCAAACGGGGACGAUUAUAUCAUCCUGUCUCCGGUUAAUCAGGCAUUGGGCUCUGUCUAUGGAGACAACCACCGGACAACUGGCCAGAUGUUCCCCACACCUCAGACGCCUGUUCCACCUCCUCCGGCCACUGGUUCCCAGUCAGCACCUGGACUGGCCAGCAGAACGUGCUUUCUGAGACGCUCUGGCAACAGCAAAUCCAAAACACAGCAAAGUGGACAUUACCAACAGCCAACACACACUUCAAACUUCGCCAACUACCAGAACUGCACCAUUGUGAGGUCACACACGCCUCAUGCCAACUUUGGUACAUACGUUAAAGCCACACCUAAAAUCCUCAUCUUCCCCAUCUUUGUGCAGCCUGUAGAGCUGUGUAGCCCAACAAGAACACUGGUGAUCUCUGAAGAAAUGAUUCUACAUGAGAGCAGGCACUUCUCGAUCAAGGUAACAAUCUUUAUAUACUCCGAUCUGAUGUUGGUGACCAGAGAGGAUGAACCGGGACGAUGUAAUGUCCUGCAAAACCCACUGUACCUCAGACAGCUGCAGCUGCGGGAUGAUCACAGUGAAGAUCUGCAGUUCUACUUGAUCCACAUGACAGAGCAGAAAUGUGAUUGUCUUCUGAGUCUGAAAGCAAAUUCUCUGGAGCAGAAAGCAAGAGUGUGUCAGUGUUUGAGCGAGAACAUCAACACACAGCUUCAGCUGCACGGACGACAGGCGUUCUGCCCAUCUCAGCAG